AUCUCAAUCCAAACGGACCGACGCUGCGAACCGUUCUCUCUGCCGUCCUCUUAUAGACGCGCUGUUGUUUUUGUCCGUACAGUGCGGCGGCGUCUGCAAGAUUGGAGCUCCAUGUUCCGCAACCCAAGACUGCACGCCUGGUACCGCUUACACUUGGCGACUCGUGCACCUCGUGGUCCUGAUAAACCCACUACAAAUCCAGUGGUUUUAUGGGCCUUUCGUGCACCAUUGCUCUGCGGUGAUGGCGCUUCUCUGGAAGCCAGCUGAACUGAACCUUUCUUUUAACUAGCAGUUUAGAACUCGUUGGGCUUAGUUUUCCUCUGGGUUUCUUCGAAAAUGAACUUGUGGCUUGUUGGAUUGCUGAGAGCAGCUUGGAUUGCUGGGACUUUGCCUAUAUUGAUAGCUUCCGUGCCGUCUUCUCGGCUGUGUUGGUUUCGUGAUGCUCUUUUGGGCUUCGCUAAGCGUGGGAAGACAUUGCAGUCUUCGUCGAAGAGAUUUACCGUUCCUCAAAGGUUCUUUCGCCAUUUUUAUUGGGUGGCUGUUGUGUGGACAACACUCCUGCUUGGUUCAACUUGGAUGUAUGCCUAUUACACAGUUCCGUUGGUUUCAGAGCCAUUUCUUUACUCCAAUAUGUCCAGCUACUUGACUGGAGGCUCACAUAUUUUAUCUUGGUCCAAAUCACAUUCAACAUCAAUAAAACAAAGAUUUAUGAUCUGGAGAUCUGUUUUUCUUCUUUUGUUGAUGGAAGUUCAAGUUUUGAGACGACUUGUUGAGACAAUAUACGUGUUCAACUAUAGCCCCUCUGCUCGGAUGCAUAUCUUGGGUUAUCUAACUGGCCUGUUUUUCUACACAGCAGCACCACUAUCGCUUAGUUGCAAUUGCAUACCAGAGGUCUAUGAAUUUCUAGUGAGUGAAGUGGCUGAAUUCAUUGUCAGAGGCAAAAAUCAGAUGCCAGCCAUUGAAAUUCAUUUGUGGGAAUUUGUGAAUCCUCUUAUGAAGCUUGGGUGGUGCCAGUGGAUUGGUGCAGCUAUAUUUUGUUGGGGAUGGAUUCAUCAGCAGCGUUGUCAUUCAAUUCUUGUUAGUUUCACUAUUUCAGCAAUCAGUUUCUUUUUUUCUUCUCUUUAUGUUGAAAACAGAUUUUCUUCUCAGGGCUCGCUACGCGACUAUAUGGAACAAGUUGAUGAAUAUAUAAUCCCCCAUGGUGAUUGGUUCGAAAGUGUUUCAUCUCCGCACUAUCUGGCUGAGAUUGUCAUCUAUGCUGGUGUUGUGGUUGCCAGUGGAGGAGCAGAUCUCACCAUAUGGUUACUUUUUGCAUUUGUGGUGGCGAAUUUGGUGUUUGCAGCAGCAGAAACACAUAGGUGGUACCUUCGCAAAUUUGACAAUUACCCAAGCAACCGGCUUGCUGUUAUUCCAUUUCUUUACUGAGCCUAUGAAGAAGAAAUUUAGGAGAAAGUUAAGCUAGCUUUGGGUCUGUGUAAUUACUACCAUUAGCUGCUUGAAUGAAAGAAUUUAGAA